AUGACUGAUUGCGAGAGACCUUCAGGCGUUGGCAUAAUUGCCAUUGAUAUUUAUUUCCCUGCUCAAUAUGUGGAUCAAUUGGAUCUUGAGAAAUUCGACGGUGUCGAUGAAGGAAAGUACACCAUCGGUUUGGGACAAAAACGCAUGGGAAUUGCAACUGAUCGCGAGGACAUCCAUGCGUUGUGCCUCACCGUGGUCAACAAUCUCAUGGACAAAGCUGGAAUAGCAUGGAAGGACAUCGGACGCCUUGAAGUGGGCACUGAAACAAUCAUAGAUAAGUCGAAGUCCAUCAAAACCGUCCUAUUGCAAUUGUGGGACAAAUACGACCCGAAUGGCGAACGAGACAUGGAAGGAAUCGAUACAAUCAAUGCGUGUUACGGUGGAACUUCAGCGUUAUUCAAUGCUGUGAAUUGGAUUGAAUCGUCUGCGUGGGACGGAAGGUAUGCCCUGGUUGUGAUGGGAGAUAUUGCUAUUUACGGUCCAGGCAAUGGCAGACCAACAAGUGGCGCUGGAGCUGUGGCGAUGAUUAUCGGACCGGAUGCGCCAUUUGCAUUGGAGAGAGGAACCCGGUCAACAUAUGCAGAAAACGCCUACGACUUUUACAAGCCAGAAUUGCACAGAGAAUAUCCUUACAUCGAUGGCCACCUUUCGGUUUCGUGCUAUCUCAAGGCUUUGGAUCGCUGCUACUCAUUGUUCUGUUCCAAGUCGGAAAAACGAGUUUCUGAUGUUCAACGACAUUCGUUGAAAUCCAUGGAUUACAUGCUCUUCCAUUGUCCCUACGUGAAACUGGUUCAGAAAUCGUUGGCAAGAUUGGGUUAUCUGGAUUUCACCAGAGCCGAUUCUUCUAAUGAACAUCCUGACCUUGAAAGCUUUAGAGGGUUGAAAACUGAAGAAAGUUAUGGAAAUCGGGACUUGGACAAAGUAAUUGGCUCGAUUUUCAAGAGCGAUUACAAGUGUAAAACCGAAUCCUCCACGUUGGUCUCCAGUCAUGUUGGAAACAUGUACACGGCGUCUCUUUACGCGUGUCUCUGCUCUCUUAUUUUGCAUCAAAAAUCUUCGGACUUGGCGGGAAAAAGACUGGGGAUGUUUUCUUACGGAUCUGGAUUGGUGGCGUCCAUGUUUGCCCUUCGUGCGACUGAAAACGUAGCCGCUAUAGAGAAGAUGGCGAAAAUUUUGUCACAUGUUCCUCGUCGACUUGAGACGAGGAUUCAGAGAAGUGCAGAGUUUUUCCACGAAGCUCUCGAUUAUCGAGACAAAACUGCUCACCAAGGUUCCUUCAUUCCAAAAGCAUCAUUGGAAGAACUCAGUCCGGGGACGUGGUACUUGGUUUCCGUGGAUGAGAAGCACCGGCGGAAAUACGAGCGCCGUGUUUGA